UGGACAGAGGCAUGAAGGGAAAUGUUGCCCAAGUCGUGGGUUUUUUUGUGUUUUGUUUUUUGGCAAGGGACAAGAGCCAAGGGAGGGUCGACAUUCUUAUGUAAAUGAAGUUUCCACUCUACACCCUAUUAUCUUGAGCUUUUUGGGCGGUUUCCUGUCGCCGCCUCUCUCUUCAUUCCAGAUCUACUCACUACACGAGCCAUACACAAUCCUCACCCAGAAUCGGGCUCCCGUCCGGGGUGUGUGACGUGUUUAUAUUGUGUUCCGGAAUCGGAAGGGCGGGCGUAAUUGGCGCCUUUCGGGAGCCGUAGCCCCAGCCACACCCUUCGGCUCGCGCCCUACUUACAGCGCAUGUCAGAUGCACCCACCCCCAGUCAGCAACGGGCCGUGAGGCGGCGGCGAAGGGGGCGGAGGAAGAGCGCGGCUGGACGCGGUCCCGCACCGCGCGUACGCAGGGCCGCGGGGGUUCUUUCGCGCCGACUGUAGUAGCAACUGCGUCUGCAGCCGCAGCAGCAGAAUACAACUUGGAGGAAUUGGUUCUCUCUACCAUGUAGAUCCCAGGAAUUCAGGCCUUCAAGUGAGUCAUUGGCAUCAUGAACUGGAAUAAAGGCGGCCCUGGAACCAAGCGGGGGUUUGGUUUUGGAGGUUUUGCCAUCAGUGCUGGGAAGAAGGAGGAAGCCAAACUGCCACAGCAGUCCCACAGUGCCUUUGGGGCAGCCAGCUCUUCUUCUGGAUUUGGAAAGUCUGCUCCACCACAGCUUCCUUCUUUCUACAAAAUUGGAUCCAAACGGGCCAACUUUGAUGAAGAAAAUGCGUAUUUUGAAGAUGAAGAAGAAGACUCCAGCAAUGUAGAUUUACCUUACAUUCCUGCUGAGAACUCACCUACCCGCCAGCAGUUCCAUUCCAAGCCAGCGGACUCUGACAGUGAUGAUGACCCCUUGGAGGCAUUCAUGGCUGAAGUGGAGGAUCAGGCAGCUAGAGACAUGAAGAGACUUGAAGAAAAGGACAAGGAAAGAAAAAACGUAAAGGGUAUUCGAGAUGACAUUGAAGAGGAAGAUGACCAAGAAGCUUAUUUUCGAUACAUGGCAGAAAACCCAACCGCUGGGGUGGUUCAGGAGGAGGAAGAGGACAAUCUGGAGUAUGACAGUGAUGGAAAUCCAAUUGCACCUUCCAAGAAAAUUAUUGAUCCCCUUCCUCCCAUUGAUCAUUCAGAGAUUGACUAUCCACCAUUUGAAAAAAAUUUUUACAAUGAGCACGAGGAGAUAACCAACCUCACUCCACAGCAGUUAAUAGACCUGCGGCAUAAACUCAACCUUCGGGUUUCUGGUGCUGCACCUCCUAGACCAGGAAGUAGUUUUGCUCAUUUUGGGUUUGAUGAACAACUUAUGCACCAGAUUAGGAAGUCUGAGUACACACAACCAACUCCAAUUCAGUGUCAGGGUGUGCCUGUAGCACUAAGUGGUAGAGACAUGAUUGGUAUUGCUAAAACAGGCAGUGGGAAAACUGCAGCCUUUAUUUGGCCCAUGUUGAUUCAUAUAAUGGAUCAGAAGGAAUUGGAACCAGGUGACGGACCAAUUGCGGUGAUUGUGUGUCCUACUAGGGAGCUUUGUCAGCAGAUCCACGCGGAAUGUAAGCGGUUUGGGAAAGCAUAUAAUCUUCGCUCAGUGGCAGUGUAUGGAGGAGGGAGCAUGUGGGAGCAGGCCAAGGCCCUUCAGGAAGGGGCAGAAAUUGUUGUAUGUACCCCAGGUCGACUGAUUGAUCAUGUGAAGAAAAAAGCUACUAAUCUUCAGAGAGUCUCUUACCUGGUGUUUGAUGAAGCCGAUCGAAUGUUUGACAUGGGAUUUGAGUAUCAGGUUCGGUCCAUAGCAAGUCAUGUUCGUCCUGACAGACAAACUCUCUUAUUCAGUGCAACUUUUCGAAAAAAGAUUGAAAAGUUGGCCAGAGACAUCUUGAUUGACCCUAUUCGAGUGGUACAGGGAGACAUUGGAGAGGCAAAUGAAGAUGUGACACAGAUUGUGGAGAUUCUCCAUUCUGGACCUAGUAAAUGGAACUGGCUUACUCGGCGUCUGGUAGAGUUUACUUCUUCAGGGAGUGUCCUCUUGUUUGUUACUAAGAAAGCCAAUGCUGAAGAACUAGCCAAUAACCUUAAGCAGGAGGGUCAUAAUCUUGGUCUGCUCCAUGGGGACAUGGAUCAGAGUGAAAGGAACAAGGUCAUUUCAGAUUUUAAGAAAAAGGACAUCCCCGUCCUGGUGGCCACUGAUGUUGCAGCCCGUGGUCUGGAUAUUCCUUCAAUUAAAACAGUCAUUAACUAUGAUGUAGCACGAGACAUUGAUACCCAUACUCAUAGGAUUGGCCGAACAGGAAGAGCUGGUGAGAAGGGUGUAGCCUAUACCUUACUGACCCCAAAGGACAGCAAUUUUGCUGGUGACCUUGUACGGAACUUGGAAGGAGCCAACCAACAUGUUUCUAAGGAACUUCUAGACCUUGCAAUGCAGAAUGCCUGGUUUCGGAAAUCUCGAUUCAAAGGAGGGAAAGGCAAAAAGCUGAACAUUGGUGGAGGAGGCUUGGGCUAUAGAGAGCGGCCUGGGCUAGGCUCUGAGAACUCGGACCGAGGGAGCAACAACAAUGUAAUGAGCAACUACGAAGCCUACAAGCCCUCCACAGGAGCCAUGGGGGACAGGCUGACGGCCAUGAAGGCAGCCUUUCAGUCCCAGUACAAGAGUCACUUUGUUGCAGCCAGUUUAAGUAAUCAGAAGACUGGGACCUCCACUGCUGGGGCAAGUGGAUGGACUAGUGCGGGAAGCUUAAAUUCUGUUCCAACUAAUUCAGCACAGCAGGGCCAUAAUAGUCCUGACAGUCCCAUCACCAGUUCUACCAAGAACAUCCCAGGCUUCAACAAUUCUGGGAAUAUCAGUAGUGCCCCAGUGACCUACCCUUCUAUUGGAGCCCAAGGAGUCAACAACACAGCUUCAGGGAGUAACAGCCGUGAAGGGAUUGGGGGUGGCAAUGGGAAGAGAGAGAGAUAUACUGAGAACCGGGGUGGUGGCCGUCAUAGCCAUGGAGAUGGUGGCAAUCGGCAUGGAGAUGGUGGCCGCCAUGGAGAUGGAUACCGUUAUCCAGAAAGCGGUAGCCGUCAUACCGAUGGCCACCGACAUGGAGAGACCAGGCACGGAGGAAGUGCCGGCAGACAUGGAGAGAGCCGGGGUGCAAAUGAUGGCAGGAAUGGAGAAAGCAGGAAAGAAGGUUUUAAUCGUGAAAACAAGAUGGACCCCAAGGUGGAUAGCAGCAGGAUGGACAAAGUGGACAGCAAGACAGAUAAGACACCUGAUGGCUUUGCCGUUCCAGAGCCACCCAAACGCAAGAAAAGCCGAUGGGAUAGUUAGAGAGUAUGUGAAAAUCAGUGUGGUCAGUUGUCUUUAACUUUAUUUUUAGAAAGAUUUUGGUAAUGAGUUGUCUCAGGGCUGGGUUGGGGUCCAAGAUAUACAGACCCCCUGCCCUUGGUGGAGAACUGGAGUGUGGAGAUAUUAUACUUUCAUCCGGUGUUCAUUCACGUUUUCUUGGGAACCUGAGUUGGCCCUGGAAAGCAGAGCUGGGAAGCUUUUGUUUGCUCUGGGUGAGUUUUAAGGAGGGUAAGUAGAAGAUACUUAGGAGGGAGAAGGGGCCUUUCAGGGCACAAAAACUCACUCUAGGUUUAUAAUAGCUUAUAUUUUUUACUAAAAUGUCACCUUAUAAACAUCUAUAAAUUGGAUUUUUUUUUUUU